ACCGCGAUAGCGUGGCGGGCGUGGCUUCUCGUUCCCCUCCGUGUCCUUCUCGGCCGUGGACGUCCACUGGUCCGCUGGGGUCAGGUGGGGGGCGGGUCGCUCACGGAGUUCGGGCAUGGAGCUCAUGGCGGUGGGCUGAUUAGACGGUGGGAUGGGGUGGGAGUUGGGCUGGGAUGGAGGGAGGGGUGUAGAGGCUAAGCAGUGAGAGUACAAGUGACCGCUUAUAACAACAAGUUCAUUCAUCGUCUCAUUCAUUUCCGGCAUUACGCAACUUGCGGGCGCACACAACUACAUGAGCAACUCGCCCAUGCUCGCCCAUUGCCCGUCGCCUUUGACGUCCUUUGCUUCGUCUUCGCGCCCCUCGGAGUCGCGCUUCGCUGUGAUCAGCGGUGCUGGGCUCUUGCCCCGCCUACGCCCCGUACAGCGCGCCCACACCCACGCACCCUUCUUCUCGCGCACCUCGGCCGGCGCGGGCGUCGGCAUCCACUCGUCCGCUGCGAUCAGCACGUUCCCGCCCGGGCGCACGGAGGUCCGGCCAGCUCGUGCUCAUGUGUGCUAUGUGUGCUGGGGAUGAGAUGUGAUCAGAGUGAGCGUUGCUGAGAUACAGUGGUGCUCAACUCCAUAAGCGAGCGGUGCGGGACCCGUCAUCGAUCAUCUGACGAGAAGACGUUAUCCGUGCCCCGCGCAUGCUGACGCUUAUCAGUGCCU